GCUCUGAAGAAUACCAUUCGGAAAGUGACAUUGAGGAUGAAGAAACGUUUGAGAUGGAUAGUGAUGGAUCGGAGGGGAGUUCAUCACGUGUCCCUAUCACCACCAGUAUCAUUCCUCCUGCCAAGAUCACCGCACCACUGACAGGAAACAAACCAGGUAGGACCUUUUAUAUAGGUGGGUUUCACUCAAGCCUUCCAGAUGAUCUUGAUACGCGGAAAAGUACUGGCACUAGUUGUCAAAUAGAAAUCCAUUUUAUGAUUAAAACAACUGAAUAUCUCCAGUAAUAUACUUUAUUUCGAUUCCAUAUUUUUGUCAGAGCUAUAGUUCUCAUAACCAAACAUAAUUACAAAAUUUCAACUAGUUUCAUAAAGAAUAACGAAAGAUAUAAUUGACUGAAUACAUCAAAAUGGAUUUCUAUUCGGACAACCCUUUCUGAGCGCUGAUUGGCUAAAAUACGAACACGAGAUCACCUGGUUAUACAUAGGGAAACGCUUGGUGAUCUCGUUUACACAUAUUGCCGUUUUAUGCCUUGUGGAAGCAAGUAAAUUUCGUUAAAGUACCUAUGACACGAAAUUUCACCCCAAAGGUUUAUGAUUGCAUUGUAAAGAUCACUUAAAAUGACUUAAUAAUCUCCUUUAUAGAAUUUUGGUAACUUGCUUCCUUUGCAAGAUAUUCAACUUUGUUUCUUAUGCAAAUAUCACCGGUGUGACAUCACAUCGCAUAAUGACAUUUUGAAAACGCAAUAUUUUACCUUCAUAAAAUAUUUUUACAAACAAAUACAGAGGGUUAAUUACCAGUUAUGAAAUUAAUACAUAUACAAGGGCAAUUUUUAAGUUUUUUAGAUGCGUAUUCGUCAAGAAAACUAUACUUUUCUGAAAACUCAUUAUGCGAUGUGAUGUCACACCGGUGAUAUUUGCAAAUGAUGUGAUGGCAAACCUGUGAUAUGAAACAAAGUUGAAUAUCUUGAAAAGGAAGCAAGUUACCAAAAUUCUAUAAAAGAAAUUAUUAAGUCAUUUUAAGUGAUCUUUGCAAUGCAACCAUAAACAUUUGGGGUGAAAUUUCGUGUCAUAGGCACUUUAAAUUGCAUAUAUUUGAUACCAAACACAAGAUUAAUACUUGUAAUGAAUAUUUAACUCGAUCCAAUAAAUGUGUUUCCACUUGGAGUUGACCACCAAGCGCGAAACGUAUGAUAUCACAUGACUGAAACUGUUGAUGUGGAAACUAAAUAUCUCCACUGAUAUAAUAGUAUAAUAUACUAAAUGACAUUAAUAUUUUUCUGACCUGCAGAGGCCGGAGGUUCGGAAACGCCACGUUGGUCUAAGAAUGAACGAGAAAUAGCCAUUGAAGGUCAGUACCAUAGAUGUAGUGGACAGAGUAUCCGAGGUUGUCAUCAGCGGGUUAAUCUGGUCAGUGUUGAAUCUCGGCCAGGUUCAACAAAUAUGAGGGUGAUCAUUGCUCUACUAUAGUCAGGGUUGAAGAAAAUAAUUUUCUUCGUGGAAGCACAACCUGGUGAUAAGAAUUUCAGCAGACCAACUGAGUAUACAGUAUUUGUGCUAAAUCUGUGCCUAAACAGGUUAAACUUCAGGGAAAGAUGUAAAUUCCCGACGCACAUUAUAUAUAUGCACACAUAUAUAUGUAGAUGUAAAUUCCCGACGCUAUUAUGGCCCAUUCGCUAUUUUCCCGUUUAGGAACUGCAUGUUUGUUGUAUUUGUACGUUAUUAAUGUAAUAUAUUUAGUUCCUAAUAAAGCUGUUAAAAAAAAAUAUCGCUUGUUCGAGCUCAGUUAUGUUAUGGUAGUGAACUCUGGGCACCACAAACAACGUCGAAAGACCUACUGCGUAUUGAGGGAAUACAACGACGCGCGACUAAAUUUAUUCUGCAAGACUACAGGUUAACAUACGUGGAACGCCUGAAAAGACUAAACCUUAUCCCAAUAUCGUACUGGUUUGAAAUAAAGGACAUAACGUUUUUCUUUAAAUGCAAAGUGGGAUAUUUUGACUUAAAAAUCAUUUAUACUCUGUUAAGACAAAAAGACGGUUCUAGCCAGAUAAAGUGUUAAUUAGAUUAAUAAACAUGUAAAUGUUAUGCAUGUUAGUAGAAAUAGUUUUGGUGGGACUUAAUUGGAUCUUAUUUAAGAUCUGUUGUCUUUUCCUUCAAUCAUUUGUUAAUAUAUGUUAUUGAUUGUAAAGUUAAUAGAAGAAAAAAAAAUGUCUGGCAACCAUAAGUUGUUGGACCCAGUGUACUGUAGGUAGGGCCAGCGUACUAGGUAGUGGCAAUAAUGAGAAAGCUUCGGAUUGAUAGGGAUACAACUACCUGAAAAAUACAAGGAGAACUUCGAUGUUUCGAGCGAAGGCCCUUCGUUGGGAAGAUAGUACCUUGAUAAUUAUAUUUUCCGCAUUUCAUUUUGUUAAGGCUUACGUCUUCACGGGCGGAACUGGACCGCGAUAUCACAGAUGGUGAAAACAAAGACAGAAGCUCAAUGCAAGAAUUUCUAUUUCAAUUAUAAACGUAAACUAGACCUGGAGAACGUCAUCGCAGAACACAAUGCUGCCAAGGUACCAGCUUUGAUUGCUUUCAAGAUAUUGUUUUUUGUGAUGUUACUCUUGAGUGUAUAUCCACACCGGGCGAGCUUGAAAAAUAUGCCCGGCCACGGUGGGAAUCGAACCUACGACCUUUGGAAUACUAGCCCAAUGCUCUGCCAACUGAGCUACGCGGUCAGGACGGUUCGAGUAAGUGAUAUUUCGGAACAGAAUCUAGUUCCUUCGAUACCAAUGUAAUUUAGUAAUAUUUUUUUUUUUGUGUUGGUGUUGUGUACUAUGUAAUGCCUUCAAUUUUUGUAAACAAUGGCGGCUCGCUUUGCUGAACUUUCGGAAAAUGACUUGUCUUGCUUUAUACUUUAAGAAAAAAACGCGGAAAACAAAAAAGCGACUCAAACCACCGUCAAUGUCUUUCGCCAGUAUUAGAAGCAAGACAAAUCAACGAAGUCGAAGACGAUCUAGUUGGCUCAAAAGAAACACUUGCCAACGUCCUUCGCAAGUUUUAUGCGGAAGCAAGAAAGAGAGACGGCGAACUUAUAUUAAACGAAAGAUAAGAUGAAGCUUUAUAAGUGAAUGAUAAAACAAUUAUUGAACUCGGUUCUCGCAAAAUAUCGUGAUUUGUCGGUGGCUCGCAGAUCAAUUAUUUGCCUCUGCCUUCGGCAUCGGCAAAUAAUUGAUCUGCUCGCCACCGACAAAUCACGAUAUUUUGCCCAACCUUGUCCAAUAAUUGAUAAAUAUUUUCUCUUAGGUUGUUCAACGUCAAGAAUCCGAAGAGACGAUUUCCGCGUCGGAGGCUUCCGAUGACAAUUACGACAUUUCCGAAGAAAGGCCGAGCAUCGCACGAAGCAAGGAGAACGCUAGGGAGACUCGAUCCCAGGCUGCUGAAAGACGAUCGGAAACCGUUCCCACUCUUCGAAUUUCACGCAGCCAACGAAACAGUCGAAACAAGUCCUCUGACGGAAAACCUCUACACGGCCAGCCUGAAGAUCCAUCAAGUACAAGGUUGCAUGAAGUAGAGAACCCGGUAGCCGCUGAUCAAUCGAAUAUGAGCACUGUAGGUUCGGAUGAGACACGAAUCAUCGUUGUGGAUACAGUAGAACCUCAGGGACAAAGUGAACUAGUCAGGGGUAUCGUCGCAUCCCGAGAACAUGCACGUACACAAGUAUCCCCAAUGGAAAGUCGCGUGAGAAUUCCUGUAUCCUCAACCGCGUCUGAAGGGCUACAUAUAACAGGUAUUUACCACAAAUUGCUUGUCCGUUGACUUUUUGUGACACAGUGGUUUAAUAGUGCACGUAUCUUUCACCCCUGAUUCCUAUAAUACACUCAUUAUAGUUUCAUCUCAGUCACAUGUGAGAAGAAUGCUUCCAGUGAGAUUAUCCCUACCUCUAGGAAGAACAGUUUAGAACUAAUAGAGCUAUUCAGUAUAAAUAAAGUUAGUUUAGUUUAGGUUUCCUCCUGUAGUAACACUGGAUCAAUAAGAGAUGAUCCUUACUGGGCCUCUAGUGAGAACAGUUUAGAACUGAUAGAGCUAUCCAGUAUAAAUAAAGUUAGUUUAGUUUAGUUUUCGUCCUGUAGUAAGACUGCAUGGAUCAAUGAGAGAUGAUCCUUACUGCACCUCUAGGACGAACAGUUUAGAACUGAUAGAGCUAUUCAGUAUAAAUAAAGUUAGUUUAGUUUAGGUUUCCUCCGGUAGUAACACUGGAUCAAUAAGAGAUGAUCCUUACUGGACCUCUAGGACGAACAGUUUAGAACUGAUAGAGCUAUUCAGUAUAAAUAAAGUUAGUUUAGUUUUCCUCCUGUAGCAAGACUGGACCAAUAUGAGAUGAUCCUUACUGCACCUCUAGGACGAACAGUUUAGAACUCACUGAUAGAGCUGUUCAAUAUAAAUAAAGUUAGUUUAGUUUAGGUUUCCUACUGUAGUAACACUGGAUCAAUAAGAGAUGAUCCUUACUGGACCUCUAGGAAGAACAAUUUAGAAGUGAUAGAGCUAUCCAGUAUAAAUAAAGUUAGUUUAGUUUAGGUUUCCUACUGUAGUAACACUGGAUCAAUAAGAGAUGAUCCUUACUGGACCUCUAGGAAGAACAAUUUAGAAGUGAUAGAGCUAUUAUUCAGUAUAAAUAAAGUUAGUGUAGGUGUCCUCGUAGUAACACACGUACUCUACAAGUUUGUUCUUUUGUAGGUCACUCAUCUAGUCUUACUACGACAUCACAAGCUGUUGUCAAGGGAACAGGCACGUCAUCCGACUGUCUGUUGAGCCAAAAUUCAACCAAAACCGAAACCCAUUGUCCUCGUACACCUAACGUAGACCUCACAAGUACUACCGAACCCCAAAAGGUCGCCGCAAACCCUCCAAGUGGUAUAAUGUACCCAAGUGCCCCAUAUAGACCACUGACUAUGGAAGGAGUGGCAGGCAGACAUUCUGAGGCGUUACUCAAUCUAGCUCGGAGUCGGGCGGCUGCUGAAAAUGCAGGUAUGCUUAAGAUUAACAUAGAUUCCAUAUGCAACAAGCAAUUGAAUCUAAUCUCACAUAUGGGGGCUUCGAUUGCGCAGUCAUCAGAGCAACCGCCUUUCGCCUCUGAGAUCGUGGGUUCGAUUCUCAAAGAGAGUCAGUCAACACUCUGCCGAAAGUCGUGAGUUUUCUCCGGGUGCUUCGGUUUCCUCCCACAGGGCAAGUUGACAGGGUGGGUUAGGAUAAAAACACAGUUAGGAAAGUAAUUUCUCAAAUUUAUUAAUAAUUCAUGAGCGAUUCAGCCAAUGAUAAUCACCUAUUUGAUCACAAGAUGCCAUUUGGAUAACCCGGUGAAACUUGAUGAAAGUCAUUAGUGUUUUCAUCAUAUAUCUUAAUUACGCAUGCAAAAUUACUUGAAUAGAAUUCCUAAUUACGUUAUGCUUGGUUAAGAAUUCUAUUCAAAUCAGCAAACGAAAACAUUCUGUUACGUCUCGAUUCAUUUGAGAAGCCAUAUAAACAACUCGAGCUCGUGUCUCACCGGGAUAUCCAAACACUCGAAAACAAUGUAUGAAAACACUCGCUCUUCGCGCUCGUGUUUUCAUACAUUGUUUUCUCGUGUUUGGAUAUUCCGGUGAAACACUCGCUCUCGUUGUUCAUAUAUUACAUCAAUUGUUGUAAAGAUAAAUAGUCCAGGCUAAGUAAGUAACAUAAAUAAUCGUAAUACUUGAUGUAAUUGGUCACUGAAAAGCCCCAAUGGGGAGUGAGCUGAAUAAUAACGUAAUGUAAUAUACGAAAACGAGGUUCUAUAGCCAAAAUGACAUACUUUCUGGAAGGGUGUAUAUUAUGUUUAUUUGUGUAGGUCGCGUGGAGAACCCCGCGGAAGAGCCUGGUGACAAGAAGGAAAAGGAAAAACUGAAGAAGAUUCGUUUCCCAGACCCACAAUUGCCAACCUUUGAACAGAAUGAAGCUAUAGGGAUAUUUAACCGCUAUUCACCCUGUAUACCCCCAGAUACAACCAGUAUACAACAGGUACGGCCGUUUUUCCACAUAGUUUAAUGCAUCGGUUGUGAAUUGCUUUCGAGUUUGUUAUAUUACUUAAACGUACUUGUAUUUGAAGAGGAAUUGAAGGCGAUAGCUGAGUUCAUUUAUGGGCGUUUAUCUUCGUGAUAUCAAGACAACAGAACGGUGCUGGUUUCUUUUGUGUUUUGCUCAUGCAUUAUUAAUGAGUUUGAGAAAUAUUUUUUUCUUUAUUUUUAAGGUACGAACGCAAAGACUCCCACAUCCUUCAUUCCACCCACCUGGUAUCCCAAUGCACCAGUUCGUUCCUCACAUUGGACCUCCCCACUUCCCACCAGAAAUGUAUGCAAUCGCCCACGGACCUGGAUUUGAUCCUAUGUUUCACCCACCGUUCGUAGAGUACCUUCACCCAGGUAUGAUAUAACAUGUCUAGUCAACAUGCAGUGUAGUCGAACUGCAACAGCAAAUGAAGCAGUGCCUUUAUUAAUAAAUUGUUCAGGGUUGCAAAAAAUAUUUUAUUUUCUGGGACCACAAGGCCAACGAAAACGUUUUUUGCUAGCAAAGGACAGCAAAUCUUAUUGCUUUUUAAAUUUUAUCGCAACUAAGUAAAAUUCAGUUUAUUCUAGACAAAUUCUAAACAUCAUUUUGGUCUUGAAAAUAGACCUUUAAUAUUCCAACAUGGCUACCGAUUAAAUAUUCUUUUAUGUUAUAAACGAGCCCUUAUGUAUUUUUCUAAUGUAAUUUUAUCUAUAUGCAUGAUCUGCCGUAAACUAAGUACAGCAUGAUUGUCACUAAAAUUAGUAAAAUGCACUUUCUUUCUUUAAGACUUUUUACCUUCUACGGUUUUACCUUCCAUUUUUUUUCUGCCAACCUCAAAAAUUUUCUGGGACCAAUGGUCCCGCGGUUCGCUAUAUAUUGCAGCCCUGAAAUGUUUACACACAUUAUACAUACUAGACCUAACCCUAACUAAUGCCUCGAACCACAAGGGAGGGAGGGUGGAAACUACCACACCUGCACCAAAAGACAAAGAUAUAUAAGGGCAUAGCACCUCUCCCUGGGCCUCCCCUCCCCCCUGCGUGAAAAAUCUGUUUCUCGCUUCUUCCAUGCUUCAGCCAGUAAGAAACUAUAAUUAUUUUUUGCCCACGAGCAAAUAAAAACUUGUCAAGGAAAAGUUGUCAAGGAAAAGUUGUCAGGGAAAAAAUACCCAUUUGAACGGGGCUUCAUACUAAGUGUGAUUGCCAUUUUUCUGCCAUUUUCCUAUAGUGUGAUUACCAUUUUUCAUUGAGAGAAUUUCUAUUAUCAGGUAUGGAGCACGUCUACUCCGCACGUUUACGAGAGGAAGCAGCCCGUGCUAACUCAGGGACAGUAAUGUGGCCUCCUAUGGAACACCCGGGGAUAAUAUUUGCCCAUCCACAAUUUAUGUUCCCAAUGGAACCCCUAGUUCCCACCGAACGUAUUUCAAGACGAAGGGAAAGUGGUCACGAAUUAAUCUCGUCCGUUCCUUCCACACGAUGUCGGUCUGUGGAGACCCCAGCCAUCCACCCACGGGCACGCACACCCGAUCAAGGUAUCUCCAGCUCGAAGCCAAUGAACAACCAACAGCGUUCAACUUCCUUAACCGAUCUUCAUUCCUGGGUUUUAUCGGGUAGCACCGAGCGUCUUACCUCACCGAGUCGACCUCAAACUAAACCAAGCCCAAAGGAUCCAGGCACGGAUCAGGUUAAGUCGUAUGAACCGUUUACAGCGCUUAUGAAUGUCGCGGCAGGGGCAAGGCCUAUAGUCGAGAGUGUGCGAGAAUCACAACGUGGGCGAGACUCGCUGAAAAUAUCUGAAGCUGAGAGGCCCCAACCUCAGUUUACUCGUCAGUCAUGUGUUGUUACAAACACCUCGGUACUUCAUGUUACAUCUGGCCCAAAGGAUACAUUUGGAUCGCAAGCACAUGGUAUCUCAUCCGGCCUUGCACCCCCUCAACCACCACCCUUGCUCUCAAUUACUGGAACACAACCUGCUAGGGGCGAGGGGAUAUCUAACCCUAGGCUCAUUGAUGAUAGGCGAAUGGUGGUACGUGAUAUCCAGGAUAUCCCUAGAGAGAUGGUCAACCCUUGGGACGCCACCCAUGGUGCCACAGCUACAUUUUCCCACAGCCCAAAAGAAUUUCCACCUCCCUUAGUGAGAGACAAUGGUCCUAUUGGAUUAAGACGUACCCCUCCAACCAGAGAUCUGAUAGGACGGCCUAACCAGGAUCUCCUUCCCUGUGGAUGUAGAAGUACAGAGCCGUGUAAGCAUCAGUUAUAUUCUCAAGAAGUACCCUAUGUGCAACGAGUUGAUACACGAAACAUGCGAGAGGUAGAACAAAAGCAACCUGGGUUAGAAAACACCCCAGUUCCCUCUAGAGAGGUUGAACCGUCAAACCGCAACACAUUAUUCCGACCGUGGACGUCUGAAAAAAUCGUGAAGGAUUCUUCAAAGUCCUCCUCGCCACUAAAUACUGUUUCUCCACCUGUACAGCUAAAGCAGACAGGUGUCCCACUCCAUUCACAGCAACCACAAAAGAGACUAUCUGGUUCUCCCCUUGGGGGCGUUCGUACCCCGCCUCCAAGUGUGAUAUCACAUUCCUAUUCCCAACAACCUGGAGUGUUGACACCCCACCCUAGCUCUUCUUCACCUGAACCACAUACCAGAUCGUCUCACCCUAAGGAUGACCCAUUGUCUCUGGCCCAAGAGCGCGGUCCUAGAUCUGUACUAUCUCAUGCAGUGGCCCUAGAGGUUACCCCAAGACCUUCCUCGACUCCCCAAGGUCCCACGCCACAACUUGGCUCUUCUACCUCCCACCUACAAAGGCCACCAGAUUCACCUUUAGAAUUGCACCCAUCUCUUCACAUACGUCCCCCCAGAAGCAGAUCCCCUCUUCCUCAACAAUCUAGUCUUGUCCCCACAUCCCAACCCAAUGACCCAUCCACCCAACUGCGAAAUCUCCGCGAACCAUCAAUUAUCAGAUCCCCACACCCCCCGCCACUGAUGCCUGGUGUACGUCCUAGCACACCCCAACCCACCCAACCUACUCAUCCAAUACCAUAUUUUCCCCAUCUCUCUGGAACCUCUCGCUCAUCACCAAUGGUUCUCGGAAUGCCCUACCCGUUUUCUCACCCACCUGGUAGCAUCUACGCUUUGCCUAAUCAACCUACCAUUCAGGAGUCAAGGGAUCCCUCCACUCUUAUUCAAGGUAGAGGCAGCCACCCAGGACCAUUCCCACCUGUUCUUACAUCUCAACAUGACCGACUUUGUCCUGAUUUAUUAUAUUCUGGAAACAUUUCCCGCUUGGCCCGUGAUGGUACAAGGUUGCCGUUUGAACAGUCCCGGCUUUCCUCGGAACAGUCCCGGCCUUCCUCGGAACAGUCCCGGCCUUCCUCAGAGCAGUCCCGUGCUGUCUUGGAACACUCUCGUAUACUCUCGGACCAAUUUCGUACUGCUUCGGAUCCCACUUCCACGGAGGAGUCCAGUGUCCUACCUGGGCCUUCACGUGUCUCAACAGGCUAUCAAAAUCCUACUGUCCCGAAGUCUUUUAGUCCCGAACCCCAGUCAGUUAGUUCAGGACCACAGUCGGUUAGUCCAAGACUACAGUCCAUUAGUCCAGGACCACAAUCCAUUAAUCCAAGACCACAGUCGGUUAGUUCAAGACCACAGUCGGUUAGUCCGGGACCAUCAGGACAUUGUCUUGUUAAAUCACCAGCUCCAGUUGACAACAAUGAAACACCAAAGUCACCAUUUAUUGAGCAAGCUGAACUUCAUCAACCUAGUUUCGACACCCCUGUGGACAUACAGCGACACGUCAAUCCCUCCUAUACCUCGAAAACUGGUGAUGGUUUAAGUUUAGACCCACGUGAUGAUGUAUCUCCAGCACCACCAACUAACAGCCAAGGUAUAUUAUGCAAUGGAAGUUUAUUUCAUCUAUUAUUAGUGGUAGUAAAACUUUAUCCAUUAUGGAAACGCAUUAACCAUAGUAGUUGGGCCUGUGCUUUCAGUUUCCCAACCCUGUCUUUUCUGCCAACUCUAAUGUUUUUUGGACGUCAAGUGGGUGGGUUGUUUGCUUACCUGCCGUCACCCUCGUCAUUAGUGAGCUUAAGCAAGUGAGGUUUUUGACAACACGAACGGCAUGAGUAACGUCAGAAGACUGGGUCAAGGGCUGUGAUUGGUGAAAAACGUCAACUUUACUUCCGGUCGACGUCCGUCUUGUCACAAACGUCAUUUGCUUAAGCUCACUAUUGUCUCAUAGUUUACGUUGCCCACAAUAACUACUUCUUGAAAUGUUUAUGUGUUAUGGAAAUGCCGUUUAAUGAUAGUCACGGCCUUUGCUGACUGAAGUCAAGCAAAAAAAUUUCAAGUGUCAAAAUUUCCGCCAUCGACAACUAUCUGGUGUGACCACUAUCCACUCAUAAGGCGUAUUGAAACCCACCAAUUAUUAUAGAAGUGUUGUGCAUAGGCCCAUAUUUAUUAUUACGUCUCAAUGAUAUCAAAGUCCAUACAUUUUUUGCGUGUUUCAUUGUUUAGACGCUGGAACAUUGUCACCAUCUACAAGCGUUAACACAAUCUCAGAACAAAUUUCUACCAAAGUAGCCAGUAACUCCAGUGAAAGAGAUGUCGAGCCCCACGCCAGUGAUGGAGAUGUGGAGCCCCACGCCAAUGAGGGAAAUGUUGCCCCACAUCCAAGAGAUGCGAACCCCUACCCUGGCGAAGAAACCUGUGAAAGUCGUGAAGAUAGUAGGUCGGUUGCUGGAAGUUCGAGCCUUGGUUUUGAGAGUCCGGAUGACGAAGAUCAUGAGUUGAGAAUGAGAUAUUUCCCUCCUGGUGAUACCAGUGAUAGUGGUGGAGAUGGUUUGUACGAGAUCCAGGAUCCUACAUCUGAUAGUGGUGGCGAUGUUUUAUAUGGGUCCCAGGACCCUACCUCUGAUCAGCAUUUGGACAGUGAUAAUGUUGAGGAUAUGUCUGAAAGGCACGCUAGUGGCGAGUUUUCCAACACUGAUGCUACGUGUAUACCAAGUGAUAGUACUUACAUCGAUUACUCUGAACGCUCUGCUGACGAAAAUGUCCGCAUUCGUAAUGAUUACGAUUCGUCAGCAGAUAGAGUUGACAGUAGUACAGUGUCUGACUUUUCAGAGUUUGGGCAACCGGUUGAAGAUGGUGAAAAGUUAGAAAGUAUACAAGGUGAACCCAAGAGAGAAAGAGGUGGUAGUGUGGACACAGAGUUUCCUAAUGAAGAAAGUACCCAGAAUGCAGCUGACAAUACAGUGUCCGACUACUCAGAGAUCGAACAACCGUCCACAAGUGAGAAGCCAGACAGGAAUGAGUCUUGGAGUGAUACUGACAGUGCAGCAGAUAUAAGAUUUGAUGAAAGUGUUCUUAGCGACGAUAAUGAACCUUCAAAUGAUAGACAUUUGCAAGACACGAGUCACAUAUUACUUCAAGAUGAGACUAUUAGUGGGCAUGAAGGUGAUGAUGAUGCGACCGAGGAUGAAGCAGGGUACUCAGGGAUGGAGAUGGAUAGUACAUCUAGGGUACUUGUGGGUAACAGGAGUGAGGCAGUGGAUACACGGAGUGGUGAAGUUGACAGCUCUGAAGAUGCUAAAGUGGCAGAGAAGAUGGAUAGUGGGGUUGUUAGGGGUAGUGUGGAUAUGGAUGACAGUACAACUAUGGAUAUUACAGGACAUGGUACAAUUUCUACGGAUGCUAGAGGUCAGGUGGAUACUAUAGAGGGUGAAGCAGAAGCACCGUUGGAUAGCGUGAAGGAUACAUCGGUAUGCAAUGAGGACAAUAUACAACAUGAUAGGGUAUCUGAGGGUGCACAAGGUGCGGCUCAUGAGCAACCUGGCGAGUUGAGGGUCAAUUUGGAGCCGGAUAUGACGGGCGUACUGGAAGGUAAAGGACUUGCGGAGGAUAAUGUUGGUCAAGACAAAACAGAAGGUUUGUACUCAACUGGUGAGGUAUUGACGCAUGAUGGUAAUGACGGAGCAGAGAGAGAUGUUUUAACAGCUGAGCCGAGAGACUCUCUGGACAGUAGAACGAGUGUUCCAACAAGUGAUACUAGAAGCCUUACAGAUGAUCCAACCAAUGCAGAAAAUACUGAGGAAGCUCACUCAACUAGGGAAGAGGUCACGACUGGAGAAGCGGUCACGAUUGGGGAAGCUUACACAACUAGGGAAGCAGUUACAACUAGAGAAGCGGUUACGACUGAGGAUGUGGUUCCAAGUGAUAUAGACAGUGCUGAAGAGAAGAGAGUUGACACAAUACUUGAUGAUGUCGUGGACACUAUGACUGUUGGUAAUGACAACACACCCUCAGCUAGAACGGUGCCCAUCGAACGAGAUUCACAAAACGUCAAGGAGGUCAGCAGCUCAUCAGAUCCUAGCAUUGAUGAAGUUCGCCAUAAGAUUGAACUAUUGGACGAUGAAAACUCUGAAGCGAGCCAGAGUCAUGACAGGCAUCGGGAGAGGGAUAGUAGUACAAGAGAUGAAUAUUUAGUUGAUGCAACUGAUGGUGUUGACAGUAGCACGGACAGGGAGAGUACUCACAGAGGCGACACAGAGGAGGAAGCUUCGUAUAUAGUUGAAGACAAUCUUGAGAUGACUCUGUCUGCUGGUAGGGAAGAUGUAGCCACUUUGAGUAAGGAAGGUGAAAAGAGCAGUGAAGAACAUGUGACGAGUAGCAAUGAACACGUGAAAGAGCGUGAUGAACACGUGAUAAGACAAGAUGAUCACGUAACAUGUGGAGAUGUACAGGUGGCAAGUGAAGAUGAACACGUGUCAAGUGAAGAUGAACACGUGACAGAUCAAGAUGAACACGUGACAGGUCAGGGUGAACACGUGGUAGUUCAAAAUGAACACGUCGACGAACAUUUGAUAAGUGGAGAUGAACACAUCAUAAGUAGCGAGGAACACGUAGACAGUCAAACCACCCAGAAACAAAAUGACAUGGAAGAAGAAAGCAAUGAAGUUGAGAACCAAGGAGUGGACAGCAAUGAAGGAGAGACCAAGGCUCCAUGUGACGAAGGUGCUGACAGUGGUUGCGAGACAAAGAAUGACAGAGAUACAAUGGUAACGAGUGCAGAGGAUGCUACCCUUGGGAAUCUGGAGGAACAUGGGGAUAAUGAGGUACAGCGUGAGGAUAAGGAGAGCGUACAUGAAGGUUCUGAUUGGAAUCCAACUAUAGAAAGUACAUCAAGCCCAGACCAUGGUAAUCUAGGAAGCAGUUCGUCAAAGGAAGCGGCAUCUUCAAAUCAAGAUGUACAAAGAGUACAACCUGAAGAUAUUUCAGAUAGUGACAUGGAUGACAGCGCAGAUGAUAUGAUAGAGAGUGUAACAGAUACAACCCAAGCCACACAAGCUGAACAAUCUGUUCAUGAAGUUAACAAUGAUAUAACUUCAACAGUCGGAGAAAGCAACAUUGUAUCUCGACACAGUCACACUGACAUAUCAAGCACGUUUCAACAUUCUCCUCCCGAGCCUGACAAUGGAUCUGAAGUGUUCAAUUCCUCUGUGUCCACUAGUAGCAGUAUUGCUAAGCAACGUGAUGACGUGGCGAGUAGUAGCAUUGUUGCCAAGCAACGCGAUGACGUGGCUACUAGCAGUGUUGCUAUGCUACCAGAUGACGUGAUAACUGGCAGUGGUGUUCCCAAUGUUUCUGAUGUUAGCUCGUCUGAUACAAGUGAAAGUGUAGAAAAUGCUAAUGAGGAUGAAUCGUGCAGUUUCCCAAUAGAUUUACCUAACAGCGCGGAAAAUGCCAAUGAAGCAAUGCCACGCACCAGCAGUUUUGGAUUAGAAUUACCUGAUAGCGCACGUAUAGUGAACAGAUGUCCUAGUGAUUCAACUUAUUUGAGAAACCAGGCUAGCCUUUCCCGACGAUCGUCCGGGGAUUCCACGAGUCAUUCCGAAGAACCGUCUACCAGUAACUUCGAUGAAGCGACAAUUUUCGAUAACGUGACAGACGACAACUUGAGUGGAAAUGAAGCUGAGUCAUUGACUAAAUAUGAUGAGGGUGAAAUUAGGACAGAGAGGAACUCGGGAGGACACUCAUUGAACGAUAAGGACAAUAUUGUCGAUUCAUCUACGGUGUCUCCCAUUAGUUUUACUGAUGAUAUCAGUCAUAUUGACUCAAACGUUGACAUUACGGGUCAUUUAGGGUCAACCAGAGACAUUACCGCAAGUACAACUGAAAAUAUUGUGGAUACAACGGAAUAUUUAGGGCUAAACAGAGAGAAUCUAGCAAUUACAAGCGACAAUAGUGUUGAUACAACAGGAUAUUUUGGACUGAACAUAGAUAACAUUGGAUCACUAAGUACACCUGAGGAUAGUGUAGGUACAACAGUGGGUCUAAUAUCAAGUAGCAAAUACGACAUCACAGUGGAAGCGAUAUCUAGUGAUGAAGAACUAGAGGAGGGGGAGAUUGCCGAGAUCCCGGAUGACGUCACCAGAAAUGACGUCACCAGAAAUGACGUCACACCUUGUGACGUUACACCUGAACAUAUCAUUACAUCAUCAUCCGGGUCAUAUUACCCCCCGCUUGACACCAUCCCUAUUUCACCCCCAGCUGAUAGUGAUGGACCUUCAUCAAGUUUUCUGGAUUUCGGUUCGUUCACGUACUCAUCCACGCAACUCGCGGGAUCGUCUACACAACUCGCGGGAUCCUCGCGUGUAUCCCACUCGGUUUUCCCGUUUUCUGCACUAAACGUGCGCUCUGCACCGAACAGUAAUUGUUCAUCACCAGUUCCCGUGACAUUUGCUUCUGGCUGUAAUACACCAAUCAGGUUUCAGCAAGCGGAUUCUACACCAAUCAGGUUCCAGCCUGCAGAUUCAAGUAAUAUGAUGACGCCACAGUAUGAACCGUUGAGUGAUGACGAGAGCACCGGGUCACAUGACACGGAUGAAAGACAUAGCAGUAUUCGAGACACUGACAGCAGUUGAGAGACUCGCCCCUAGGGUCACAGAGAAAGUACAUACAGAGGUCUCACUUCAGGUUAAUUUAGCAUAAUUUUUUCAGUCCGCCAUGUUCUUAGCCAGUCCGAUAAAGAGAGGCCAUCACCCCCCCCCCGCUGAAAACAUAUUGAAAUUUAAUGUUCCAGGGGGGUGAAUGCCUCUUUUUACCGGACUGGUUAAGAACAUGACCGCCAGCUCUUUUUGUAAAAACUACCUUACGGUUUUCCAGCAGAAGUGAGACCUCUGUAUGUACCUACUCUGUGCUAGGGUUGAACAUGAUAAAGCGAACCAAACUACAAUCCUGGAAAAAAAUUCAUAGAAUUAGAAUUUUCGUAUUUUACCCUCUUCCCCUAUACAAUGUUAGUUUUUGGGUGAAAUGUGUUGCAAAUCCACUUUACUUUGAACCAACAUUGUUCUGAGGGCAGGGAAUUUUUCAAAUUUGGAUAUACUUUUCAAAAAGUCUGGAUAUUUUUUCCAAGAUUGUAGAUAGGAGACUUAGUACCAACGCAGACCCGUUCAGAUCUGUCUCGAGACAUUUUAAAUUCAAUUUGUAUAUAUGUAAAGUUAGGAAUUAAAUUUUAGCGUUUCUUUUUGUUGUGAAGUCAGGUUUUGUUUCUCAAAGUCUACAGAAACGCCGUGUGAUGCUUAUAGAGAAAGAGAUGAUGUCGG